AUGGAACAAUACACAAAUGAUCGGAUCCGCUACAGUUUCCGGCUAGCCGGCAAUUCACUGAACUCGACCGGAACCCAUCGGAAGUUAGCUCAGCGGCGCCUUCGACCGCCGACCGCUCAGCAACUCCUGAUCAAGAGGCGCGUCGCGGCUCAGUUACCGCGCGACAGGCACUGCGCACGGACGCGUUGCACACCCGUUGAU